AUGAAGCCAACAGCAUCAUUUUGCCUUCGGAUUUUCCGAUCAUCUUCAUCUUCAAUCCGGCAAGCGAGGGGAGAUUCAGGAGGAUGCGUUGUGAGGUGCAAGGGGAAGGAGCAAAAUCGCAGUCUGAACUGUGGUGAGGCCGACUUCGCCCACAAGAAAUUCUUUGUUCAGAAGAGCACAGAGACCGGCAAGACGGGGAAACCUGAUCUUUUUUGCAGUGGCGAUUAUGAUGCACGCGUGUCAAGGCGGAGGAGGUGCUCAAGGUCACGGAAUGCCUUGUGGAGGACGUGGAGGGCAGGCAGAGCAGACCUUCAACCACACCGAAAUGCGGCUUCCACUGCAAUGCUAGUCACUUGCUUCUUUUUGUGA